CGUUGUUGCCGUUUACAGGGACGGACCCAACGAAACGCUGAAGUGUUCUCGAACUGAGUGAAGGUCCAGAUCGAAUAUACUAUCGAAGCUGAUAUUCAAUCCGGUCAACUGAGUGGCGAUCAUCAGCCAAGACAUAAAAAAAUCAACAACAGCAACAAAAAGUCAAGAUGCUCAACGGCAAAAAGAUCAUCACCAUUGGUUUGGUAGUAACCUUUGGCAUCGUGAAUGGAUACUACACAUUUGCCCCCAGUCUCCGGGCGGAGAAGGAGAAGCGUGAAGGCCUAAACCUUGGUCCCCCGGCCAAGCCCUCUCCAUAUGAGAUUAGGAAGCAAGAGUGGGAGAAAAGAGAAUGAGAUGUAGGAUGCUAGCAUGGAGUAGAGUAACAACUAGGUAUCGUGAUCAUACCAUCGACCAAGGCAUGAGUUAUAUAUAUAUAUUUGGAGGGAUAUGUCGGUGCAUAGCUGUCCCUCUUUUUGUUUUCUCGAAACUCAUGACAGCAAUUCGUUUGAAACGAAGCAUCCAAGGCUUCAUUUUCGUUCUGCC